CCGGCCCGCGGCUGCGCGGCGCGGAUCGAGCGGAGCGAGCGGCCGAGAUGGUGCCCGAGCUGGAGAAAGCCACGGUCCGGAUCCGGCAGCCCGAGCGUGUGCGGGGGAUCAUCCAGGCUCUCCGGGAGCAGGGGGUGGCCAAACUGCAGGUCAUUUCUGACUUCGACAUGACUCUGAGCAGGUUUGGUUGCAAUGGCAGGCGCUGCCCCACAUCUCACAAUAUCCUUGAUACCAGCCGUGUUAUCAGCGAGGAUGGCAAGAGGAAGCUGAAGGACCUGCUCCACUAUUACUAUCCCAUUGAAAUAGAUCCCAACCGGACUCUGGAAGAGAAGCGUCCCCUCAUGGUGGAGUGGUGGACCAAGGCCCAUGAGCUGCUGGUGCAGCAGAAGAUCCACAAAGGUGACAUAGCCCAGAUCGUCAGGGAGUCAGAAGCGAUGCUCAGGGAUGGCUUCAAGGAGUUCUUUGAUCAGCUGCAUAAGAACAACGUCCCCCUGUUCAUCUUCUCCGCUGGCAUUGGUGAUAUCCUGGAAGAGAUUAUCCGUCAGGCCAAUGUCUUCUACUCCAAUGUCAAUGUGGUGUCCAACUACAUGGACUUCGAUGAUGAUGGAGUCCUCACGCACUUCAGGGGACCCCUCAUCCACACCUACAACAAGAACAACACCGUGCUGCAGGGCACAGGGUACUUCCAGCAGCUGAGCACAAGGACGAGCAUCAUCCUGCUGGGGGACUCCAUGGGUGACCUGACGAUGGCAGACGGCGUUCCCAGCGUGGAGAACAUCCUCAAAAUCGGCUUUCUCAAUGACAAGGUGGAAGAGCGGAGGGGGAAGUACCUGGACUCCUAUGACAUUGUGCUGGAGAGAGACGAGACGCUGGACGUGGUGAACGGGAUUCUGCGCUACAUCCUGACUGAGACGUGAGCUGGGCACACGGUGUCCCAGCUCCGGCCACACAGCGGGCACUGGGCAGCAGGCACUGGAGGGCAUCUGCUGGUACUGGCUGGGCUCCAUCCUGCCCUCACUGAUGCCCUCAGCCAGCCCUGCAGCAGGAGAGUGUGAGAUGGAGGAAGCUUCUCCUUCCCCUUUACCCCAGCUCUGCCUGGCUCUGCAGUUUCCCACCCAGACUGACUCUGUCCUGCUCGGACUUCAUCCCACUGGGAAUUCACCCCGCCACCUCCUGAGGCCACGACAAACAUUCCAUGUUCCAGACAGAGAUGUUCUGCACUUGCUUCAGCAGCUGAGGGUGGAGUGGAGAUAGUUGACUGUGGGCUGAGGACAGUCUCUCUCUUUCCCACCCUGUUUCCUUUGGGUUUCAAAGCUCCUGGGCUGACUGGUGCCAGUGGAGUUGCUGGGCUGGUGUGGUCCUGCUGGCCACUACAUCACCCAGUCCCUCAUUCCCUGUGUAAACCAGCAGCUCUCUGGCCUUGUGUCUCAGCUGCCCCGUCCCUCUUGCACCAGUACAGCUCUUACUGUGGAAAAAGAGCUUUUUCCAGCCGUCCCUGAAGGCCCUGGAGCUCGGCUGCUGCUGCUGCCCAAAGCCAGGAGUAAGUUUGUCUGCCAGGGAUCAGAGGGGUGGGGAUGGGGGAGGAGGGGCCAACGGCAGAAUUUUGAAUUUUAAGUAAUGUUCUACUUGACCAUGUUUGUGUACUAAAUUUCUGGGCUGCUUCUGGGCUCUCAGAGCAGCAGUAGGAAAAGACCAUUUUAUUGCUGUAUAACCUGUUUAUGUGGGACUUUGGGAAGAGCAGAUUUGUUCCCUGUUUUGGAAUAAAAACAUAGUUGGCUA